CCUGUCGAAUAAAGACAUAUCUUAAAAGUGGACAAAGUUGCUGGUUAGAAUCGGUUAUUUACAGGAGAAUAUGGAGCUAGUUGACAAGUUUAUCAUUCUAUUAUACCUUUGUGUUUUCACAGUGGAAACCGAAUCUAGGAAACACCACUGGUCAGACGAAAUGCCGGACUUUGUGGUGAGCAGUGUGAUGUCAGACGGAGAGCAAGGAAGAAGAUUUCAUUUUGGUCGUGUGAGUGGACAAGAAAUAGGCAUGUUUUUGCCGUCAACGUCCGAGGAUAGCGUUCCAGGGUCCCGGCAGGGUCUUGUACUUCGUCAAGUGACCAACGGUCAGUUGUUUAUACAACUGAUUUACGGUCUGGGCUGGGAACUACGAGAUUGCGAGUACUUGCGGGAUAGUGAAAGCGUGGAGAACUUUCUAGCGAAAUUCAAGUCGGAUUUCUCUUGCGCCACUCGGAGGAAGUCGCAUCGUUUCGUUGAUUGCGAAGUACCAGAAGGACGCAACGAAACGCUGAAGCUAGUGAGAAGUCAGACUGAUAUUCCGGCAGACCUGCAAGCAUUACUCAAUUACAGAGAGCUGAAAGAGAACUGCCGGCAACUUCAUAGACGGAUCAAACAGGCCUUUCGCCAGAAGGACCAACGAUCGCAUGCCGAGUUCCUGGCCCGUGUCCGCCGGGACAUUUUUCUCUUCCCCGGGACUAACUGGUGCGGCCGUGGCAACUCCGCUCGCAAUUCCAGAGAACUUGGCUAUAACACUGCAGCUGACCGCUGCUGUCGGGAUCAUGACCAUUGUCCAAACACAAUCGAGGGUUUCAGCAGAAAGUAUAACUUCUUUAAUUAUCGGCUUCACACAAUAAGUCAUUGUAAUUGUGAUGAGAGGUAA